AAGUGUAAGUGUGAAAAAUGGCGCGAAAACUACACUAUUUCAAUUUCAACGGCCUCGCUGAGCCAAUCAGAUAUAUGCUGCAUUAUGCUGGCCACAAGUUUGAGGACGUCCAAUAUGAGUUUAAGAAAUGGCCCAUCCAGAGCAUUAAGGACUCUCUGCCUUAUGGUCAGUUCCCUCUAUACGAAGAAAAUGGCAAGUCACUGAACCAAUCGCUGGCCAUCGCGAGAUACGUGGCCAGCCAGAGCAACCUCCUCCCAGCGGAUGCGUGGGACCAGGCAGAACUUGACGCUAUUGUUUUUAACAUUUAUGACUUCUGGUCAAAGGUCCUCGCUUACAUCAAAGAGAGUGAUCCUGCUAAAAAAGAAGCAAUUAAGAAGGAACUUCUAGAAGAAACAGUAAACUUCUACUUUUCCAGAUUCGAAAAAGAAUUGAAAAAGAACAAUGGACAUUUCAGCAAAAAGUUAAGCUGGGCCGACUUCAUCCUACUUGGUAUCAUCGAAGCAAGCAACUUAUUCCUGGGUUCAGAAAUCCACACAAAAUACCCCACGAUUGUGAACCUCGUUAACAAACUACGAGCACUGCCCGGUGUCAAGGACUAUAUUGCAAAGAGAGCUCCAUACAACCUUUAA